CCGGUGGCCCGUACAGUUGGCAAACUGUAUUGUAUAAUAUAAAGAACAUCCCUAGUGAAUACUGACCACAAAGUACGCCAAUAGAAGAACUGCGAUAGUAAAAUUAUUUUAAAAUUAGAAUACGGAACUUUAUGAGCGUGUGACAUGCAGCCUUGAUAGUGAUGGGAGUAUAGUUAUCUCCGGUUAUAUAGUGUUGUAAUUCAUCAUGAAGUGCGCAAGAUUACGUCUCCAAGAAAGGUCAAAGGUAAAACCUGUUGCCGUUUCUGUCAAUGAUAAACCAAGGAGGUACUGUCAAAAGCGUAUGGUGGAUCCGGCACAUGAAGAGGAUCCCAGGUGGAUAGAUGUUUUGAAAAGAUUUCAUUGUCGUACCAGUUGUGAUCGAGAAGCGAAUGCCGAAACCUAUGGAAGUGUACCAAUCCAUAACGACGACUAUAUUUUUCUGUCUGUACAAAAUUUGAAAUUUCAAGGAGAUACACAACAAAGGAAGAGACCUCGUACCAGUUUUAAAUACAAAUCUUUAUCUGAUAACAAAAAACAUCGAAUGUUUGUUAAACAAGUAGUGAAUGACAUUGAUAAUGAAGAUGAUAGAUCAUCGCCACUUACUUGUUAUUAUUUCGAUGAUUACGUAAAAUAUAUAUUAAAUGACCGUUCCAGACCAUCGUCAAGUAAAUCUAGUAUCUUUCUUAGAGGUUUAGGCAAUAAAUAUAAAGAAAAUAAAGCUGUACAAGUGGAUACUAAACAAAUUGAUGAUAAGAAAUGCCGUAAAGAUCGCAAAGAAAAAGAAUCUAAUACUAACAGAGUAUUGAAACAAGAAGUAACUGAAGUUUCACUACCAGAUGCUGAUAUAGAAAAUGCAAAAAUAUCUUUUCAUAAGUCUGGAAAACGGAAAAGUCUCACAAUAUCCCGAGUACCGAGCCCAGAGACUGUUCAAGUGAUAAGGGUGGAUGUAGUAUGCAAUUAUAGUAAUAGUUCAAUAUUAUCAGACUAUUGUGAAGAUAACAAAAAAGAAAAUAAAAUGGAUAACGUUAAAAUUGAUAAUAAAGUCAAUAAUAUUAAUAUCAAGAAUUCACACUUCGCUAAUAAAUAUCUUUUGACUAAUACAGUAAAAACUUUAGAUGAAAACGUGUCUGGGGGAGAUAAGGUAACUUUACUCUGCAAAACUUUCAAGUUGACUAAUAGAUCUAAACAUUCUCAGAAGAAACACGUUAAAUCUACGAAAAAUGUGUCUAGGGAUAAAAAUUCUAAAUGAGUAACGAUAUUAUGUGCUUUAAUCGAUAUUAUAAUAAACUUGUGUGUAGCUAGUAAGAUUUUUUUUGGGUUAUCUUUAUUUCUUUCUUCUUAGAAUUCAAUUUGGAUCUCUAAAUCUCCUAUUAUAUACAUUUAUACUAUAUUCCCAAGUUACCUCGU